UAUGUUUGUUAAGUUGCGCAGCGCUACGCAUUCCGUUGGUAUUUUACCAUUAAUACUUGUCUACUUAACGGUAAAUUACAGACAUUAAAUGCACGCACACAGCAAGACAAAUGCACCAGCAGACCAUCGCUGGCAAAUGGACAUGGAUAUGGACAUGUGGAUGUGGACCUGGACAUCGUCAUGGAUGCUGAUUGA